UCAAUUACUCAACAUGGUACUAAUACUUAAUUCACACUCAUCUAUACUCUCUUCAAUUAAAAAUACUUUACAUUUUGAACAUGACACGAUCAACGAUAUGUUCUUUGACAGUUCUUUCGUAUAAUACAUAAACACUCUACCGAUACUUAGUACUUGAGCUAAACACAAACAUCAUCAACACCACCGGUGAUCCAUCAACAAAACAAAAUAAAAAAUAGACUAACAAACGGAGCUAAAACACACACACACAAAUAGAGAAAGGAGCGCAGUCGCAAGCAGUAAGCUCUCUCCUGCUGCUGUGCUCCCAUCGCUUUCCCCUCCUUCUCAGUUCUCCCUCCCUCCCACCUCUGCUCCAGAUGCGAUUCCGUCUCCACCGCCACCUCGCCUAGCCAUCCACCCCCGCCCCCGCCGCUACAAUGGCGAGCGCGUCGGAGGACGACGCCGCCUCGGAGCGGUGCUGCGGCAGCUACAGCCCCAGCGCCGACGUCAGCGAGUCCGAGACCUCCAGCGACUGCUCCGCGCCCACCACCCGCCGCUUAGCCUCCUCCUCCUCGGCCUCCGCCACCGUAUCCCGCCUCGCGUCCUCCUCCUCAUCCCUCCCCACCCCGGCCUCCGCUGCGGUCUUCUACCUCUCCAAGCCCGCCCCCGACCUCUCCGAGGUCGACAUGAUGAAGGAGCGGUUCGCGAAGCUCCUGCUCGGCGAGGACAUGUCCGGCAGCGGCAAGGGCGUCUGCACCGCGCUUGCCAUCUCCAACGCCAUCACUAACCUCUCCGCUACUGUCUUCGGCGAGCUGUGGAGGCUGGAGCCGCUCGCACCUGCGAGGAAGGCCAUGUGGACGCGGGAGAUGGAGUGGCUGCUCUCCGUGGCCGACUCCAUCGUCGAGCUCAUCCCCUCCAUCCAGGAGCUCCCCGAAGGUGGAGGCCAGUUCGAGGUCAUGGUGCCGCGCCCGCGCAGCGACCUGUACAUGAACCUCCCAGCUCUCAAGAAGCUCGAUGCCAUGCUCCUCGCGAUGAUUGACGGGUUCAAGGAGACAGAGUUCUGGUAUGUGGAUAGGGGGAUUGUGGUCGAGGACAGUGGGGGGCCGUUUCCGUCAUCUUCGUCGUCUUGCGGGAGGCCGUCGGUGCGCCAGGAGGAGAAGUGGUGGCUGCCGUGCCCAAGGGUGCCUCCCAAGGGGCUGUCCGAGGAUGCGAGGAGGAAGCUGCAGCAGAGCAGGGAUUGCGCAAACCAGAUACUGAAGGCGGCCAUGGCGAUUAACAGUGAUGUGCUCGCUGAGAUGGAGAUCCCGGAAAUGUACCUGGAGACAUUGCCAAAGAGUGGUAAAUCUUGCUUGGGGGAGAUAAUCUACCGAUACAUAACAGCUGAACAAUUCUCACCGGAAUGCCUCCUAGAUUGCUUGGAUCUGUCCUCUGAGCACCACACACUUGAAGUAGCAAACAUAAUUGAAGCUGCCAUCCAUGUUUGGAGAUUGAAAGGCCAAAAGAAAUCGACACCUCAUGCGAAAUCAAAGAAAUCUUGGGGUGGAAAAGUGAAGGAUCUUAUUGGAGAUAAGGAAAAGAGCCACACUUUGUCCGAAAGAGCUGAUGGUCUAUUGCAGAGCUUAAGAUUGCGAUACCCUGGUCUGCCACAAACUUCCCUUGACAUGAACAAGAUCCAGUAUAACAAGGAUGUUGGGCAGUCCAUACUUGAAAGUUACUCGAGGGUUCUAGAGAGCUUGGCAUUUAACAUAAUCGCGAGAAUCGAUGAUGUGAUUUAUGUUGACGAUGCGACAAAGAAGUCUGCUGCUGCCGAGUCUGUUUCGAUCUUCAAUCGUGGCAUAGGUGUACCAGUUCAGAAGAGAAUCUCACCAAGCCCAUUCUCGAUUCAGAAUACACCAUAUGCCUCUCCAUUUGCAACACCCACUUUCUGCUCCUCCACUCCAGUUACAGGCAGUCCUGGAAGGGUACAGUCCCCAUUAAGCAAAAGCAGUUUGGGGAAACAAGAAAUUAAAGUUGAAAAGCUCUUUUCUGGUGAUCUAGAGAAGGUCUGGACAUAUGCCGGAAACCUGAGCGCUAGGAAAGACGUAGGAGAUGCUCCUGAGAGGGACUGAAGGGCGGUGAAGGUCAACAGAUAUAAACAGAUCCUGUUGUGGUCAGUAGCUAGAUUUUCCCUGUACAGAAGCAGCAUGAGCCAUUUUUUGUGCUUUCUUAGCGAGCUGAUGAUUGUGCAUCUCUACUUACAAUUAAUGGAUGGCAUCUGAUCUGAACAUAACAGCUUGCAGUUUCCCCUGUAGUUUUCUGGUUAGUUGUGCGCUUGUUCAUGCUUAUACUACAAGGCUGAGUUCAGCAGCAAGUGACUGAAUUCCUGCUCCUGCCGCUGCUGCUUUUUUGUCGUUGAAUGUAUUGGUCAACAUUCGACAAUUACCUUCAGUCGCAGUGGAAUGUAAGCUGAUCCUGUAUUCUGCUGCCUGUUUUAGUUUUUGUAUAUGUUCCUAAUGAAUUGAUCUGGCCCUCUUCA